UGUUUUACUUGCUCAAACAUUUUUUCUCUCAGCAACCAGAAGAGUUCAUUUUUAUGACCAAAAAGAAUUUUAUCUCUAAGUAUAACGCGUUCAAAUUAUAGCUUACAAAUAGUCCCAUUUCUGUCUGUUGCUUUCAUUUCCUUAUUGCUUCAGUUUUUGUCCGAGUUGAAAAAAUCAAAAACUGCUGAUUCGUUAUGACCAGUUUAGUUCCCGCUCUCUGUGUCUUUUUCGCAGUUCUACAAAAAAUUCAACGCUCUGCAAGCCUUGCUCCUGAUUUAACCAGCGAGAUCGAACUUUCUCAGAAGCAAAUAGAUAAAUUCAACUCCGGAGAUGAAAACACCAGGAGUUUGGUAAUGACUCAAGUCAACUUGAUUUUCCAGAAAGAACUGAUUCAAUCGGGAAAUUCGAACAUCCAGGUGACCCAAAAUGACUUCGACAACAUGGAGUAUAGUCUUCCCAAUUUUUCAGUGGACACCCAUCACUGUACCGUGAGCCGACUUAAUUUUAGGAAUCCAAAACUGGACGGAUCUUUCCAGGAGCCUGCAUUUUUUACUACAGGAGCUGUGAACUGUGACCCCGAUAGGAACGACUUUCUCAAAGUUUGUCUUAAAAGCAAGGCCUCAUUCCAUUCUAUGAUGCAAAUGGAGUUCUCGGCAAAGAUCUUGGGAAAAUGCAAGAAAUACGCAACCAAAACGGUUCGAAUUGACCAUCUCGAUGGCAGUGGCUAUAUUGUUAUAAAAGCUCAAAUCAGCGGCACCAAUGCUAAAAUUGUUUCCGUGGAGAACAAACCACAACUUCAAUUUGGUUUUAGCGUCACACUUUCAUUCGAACCAGUGGGCUGGAAAGUUGAUAAGCUCUCUCUUUCGCGAUGCAGCGUCACACUCGGCCGAUGGAAAAUUGGCUCCUAUUGCAGCGUUCUGACAGGAAUGAUUGAACAGAGAGUGCCAAUCGACAAAUGGAACAAUUUCAUAGCUGAAAAAAUUAUAGCUAUCCUGGGAAAAGCGACUAACGAAACGGUGGGACAACAAGUUUCUAUUCCAGUGCGAGUCGUUAACAUAGGACGUGAAGGCAAACACGAGUUAUAACGGAAGUAGGCUUUGAUCUGCUCGACAACUGCGAGAUGGACAAAAAUAACCUCGCACACGAACAGGAGAUGCUUUUCCUCUCUAUGCUGCGCAGACGACUAAAUUGAACGUGAAAAGCUACCUCAUCAACAAAAAAAAUACUGGACAUAUCAUUGACUAUAGUACAUUGAAAACUAACAGACGCCCCCCUCAGGUUCCCCCUUAAUUACUUUUUAAGAAAUCCAUUUGCGCCGUCGGCGGCAAUAUAGACUGAUUUUGAGGGUGAGCGCGCGCCCAAAAAAACGCAAUUUUUAUGUCAAAAAUGUCCAAAAAGUGCCCAAAACGGCUUUUUUUACCUGUUUUUUUCUGAAAACCUGAAAUUUUGGCUAAAACAGCGUCUUUUUAGCGCUUCAGGAGAGAAAGCGCUAAAAAUUUGCCUCUCUAUCUCGAAAAAAUUCUGGAUCUGCCCCGACAGGAUGCACUGUUUGAAGCACUGUUUGAAGGUUAUUUCAAAUCUGAAUUAGAACAUUAACUAGGUAAGGGUGGGCUGGUAAAGGCUUGUUUUUUGU